GGGGAAUUCGGACGAUCGAAAUGAUUGCUUCGCCUGUCAAGUUCGAUGUUUAAAGUCAUUUUGGCGAUAAUAGUUGAGGAUGCAGAUUUAUCUGAUUUACAUUUUGAAGAUAGUGAUCUUGAAGAUGUGUACAUCAAUGAAAAUGAGCCUAUUUAUUGACCAUCGGGAGAAGAUUCAGAUGACCAGAUUAUAGCCUGUGAAGGGAAAGAUUGCCCAAAUGAAUGAUUUCAUUUCCAGUGCGUAGGAUUGACAGCCGACAACAUCCCCGAGACCCAAUGGCUUUGCGACUAGUGUUCAGUCGUAUAAACGCCCGUGUCUAGGCCUAAUAACAUGAAUGAGAAGACACUCCGUAGCAUAGAAAACACAGGUCAGUCAAAGAUUUCACACAAAAACAGUCUAAGAAAAGGGUUGCAGACACGCUACAAAGGAUAAAAGACAAAUGCAGAGUGGAAAAUUUAAAAAAAACAACAUCAGACUUGACAAAAAGUCAAAUCAGUGCAGAGAGCCAGCAGAAAUAUGGCAGGGGAUAGAGUGCAGAACAUUGACCUUGGUGCCAAUAUACCUAUAGUAGCACCAGUGGCCCCGGUGGCUCAUCCAAACCCUGGUCACCUACAUAUUCACCAUGCUCCAGCUGCCCCAUAUAACUGGCAAGCUGGUAAAACCACUGUGAAGGAGCGAUUUGCCUACAUGUUCAACAAUGAAAUCUUAAGCGAUGUUCACUUUAUUGUUGGUAAGGGGAUGCAGACACAGCGUAUUCCAGCCCAUAAAUUUGUUUUGUCUGUGGGAAGCGCAGUGUUUGAUGCGAUGUUCAAUGGUGGUAUGGCCACCACGUCAUCAGAAGUUGAGCUACCAGACAUUGAACCCGCAGCAUUUCUUGCCUUACUCAAGUUCUUGUACUCGGAUGAGGUGUUGAUUGGACAUGAAACAGUUAUGCACACCCUCUACACUGCAAAGAAAUAUGCAGUUCCAGCUCUUGAAUCAGCUUGUGUUGACUUUUUGAAAAAAAAUUUAGGCUCUGACAAUGCAUUUCUUUUGUUGACGCAGGCAAGACUUUUUGAUGAGCCUCAACUUGCGGCUCUUUGUUUAGAAAUGAUUGAUAAAAAUACUUCAGAAGCGUUAAGUGCUGAAGGGUUUACCGAUAUUGACUGGGAAACAUUAAUUGUUGUGCUUGAUAGAGAUACGCUUGGAAUUCGUGAAUGCAAGCUAUUUGAGGCAAUUGUGCGUUGGGCCGAUGCUGAAUGUGGCCGCCAAGAACUAAACCGUACAUCCGAGAAUAAGAGAAAAGUUCUUGGGAGAGCUUUGAAGUUGAUUCGAUUUCCACUAAUGACAAUUGAAGAGUUUGCAAGCAUCCCAGCACAAUCCGGUAUCCUUGAUGAUAGGGAAGUUGUGAAUCUUUUUCUCCAUUUCACGGUGAACCCAAAGCCAGGCGUUGAUUUUCCUUCAAAGCCACGUUGUUGCUUGACUGGAAAGGAACAGAUUAUUCAGAGAUUUCAUCAGAUUGAAAGUAGAUGGGGAUACAGUGGAACAAGUGACAGGAUUAGGUUUCUUGUUAACAAGCGGAUAUUUGUUGUGGGCUUUGGAUUGUACGGCUCAAUUCAUGGACCAGCAGAUUAUCAAGUCAAUAUUCAAAUAAUCCAUGCAGAUACAGACAAUGUACUUGGUCAGAAUGAUACAGGGUUCAGCUGUGAUGGCUCCGAUUCUACUUUCCGUGUUAUGUUUAAGGAACCUAUUGAGCUUCAGCCUAAUGUCAACUACAUAGCCAGUGCUACAUUAAAGGGUCCUGAUUCUUAUUAUGGAACAAAAGGCACUCGCAAAAUGAUUCAUGAAUCUAUCCCCAACGGCAAAGUUGUGUUUCAGUUCAGCUACGCUUCAGGCAAUAACAACGGUACAUCAGUCGAAGAUGGACAAAUCCCAGAAAUCAUUUUUUACACGUGAGGUCAAAAAGAUAAGUGCAUUUUUACGGUAGCGUGGGGAAAAUAUAUUAUCUGUGUUUGCAUAAUGCGCAUAAAGUAUUAGUUGAAAUAUAUAGUAUAUACCAAUCAAUGAACAAGUUCCAUACAUAGUUAUUAUAAGAAUA